AUGUCGAGGAUACAUACUCCCAUAUCCGUUUCUUCCACUCGGUGUAAUCCAGUUUUGCGUGUAUAUUGGCCAAAAAACCAAAUUCAGCACGUAGACUCUGGAUAUUUGGUGGGUUGGUCUUACUCACCAUUUGAUCUUGUAGUCGUGACCAUUGUCAAAAAUCCAUCUCGGUUUGAUGAUUUUCUGCAAACCAAGCAAUCUUCUUUUUAUGAAGUUGAAAGUCUGGGAAUUUUCGGAACACUGAAUUUACCCUACAGUUCUUAUGAGCAUAAACACCAGGAUAAUUGGCUUAAUAUCCGUUUACGAACUCAAUUUUCUCACCCUCAAAUAUACAGAGUUAAUGAUUCCGAUUUGUCCCUAAAUUUACAUGUGAUCUACUACGUCCCUCCUCAACCCAAGAGAAUGCAGUUUUUGUCUCUUGAACCUCUCUCCCUUUUGUUAUUAAAGGAUUCUGUCUUUGAUCAUUCAAGUCUUGAAUAUAAAAAAGAUCAGCACUUACAAAACCUACUACACAAAUUGGACUUACACUUCCCCCGUCGUCCUGAAAAUACUUGGUACAGAAGUCUUCGCAGUGACUUGGUUGAGCUUUUAAACCAGUCUUUUGAAGUCCAUGUAUUAUUGCGGGAGUAUCCAAACCGGAAAAAUAGUAUGCUAAUCAAAAGUUCAAAACGUUAUUUCUUAUGCUUUUUAAACCUUCUUCACCCUAUUGUCUUAAUUUUUAUAAUGUUUUUGAGAGUUUUAAAUGAGUUUAUUUUACACGUUAUUAAUUACCGUAUACAUCCCGCAUUUCCAAAUAUGAGGGAUAUAUUCGUUUCUGCAAGGCAGGUGGAUUUGCGUCUCCAGCAAGCAUGUUUUUGGCCUGUGCAGUACAUGAAACUUUGGAUGCUUCGAAAAAGCAAGCAUGUUAUUAUGAAGGAUUAUAAAGAGUAUAUACGUCUGUAUAAUAAUCUAUGGCUUGUCGCUAAUGAUAUAAUCUUCGGGAUUACCAUGUGUUCUUUUAUCUUGGAAAAUCUUCCUUUAGUUGUUAAUUUGCUCGACAAGGUUCUGUUCAAAUUUGCAAUAGAAGACGUCCGAGUUAUGGUAACCUGGCUAAUAGACACACCUGCCGGGUUAAAACUGAAUAACGACAUAUGUAAAUUUAUUGUGAAGUUGUCCGUAUGGAUUAUUGACGUUUGGUAUACAGUACUGUUGUCUUUCAGGCAGUAUAUACCAUGGUUCGUUCGGACAAUUGCAUUUUCUGGUUUCUGUGGUGCCAGUUUGAUGAUAGCUUUGAUGUCUGAUUUUUUGACCAUCAUGACUAUUCAUUUGUAUGUCCUUUACUUGGCCGCUGCACGUUUAUAUAACUGGCAAUUAAGGAUCAUAUACAGUUUACUACAACUAUUUCGAGGAAAAAAAAGAAAUGUCUUACGAAAUAGAAUUGAUUCUUACGAGUAUGACUUAGAUCAACUGCUUUUGGGGACAAUUUUGUUUACAGUACUAAUUUUUUUCUUACCUACAAUUUACGUUUUUUACAUUGCGUUUGCUGUAACUCGCAUUACAGUCAUGACAUGUUUGGCGAUAUUUGAAACGAUACUUGCUUUUUUAAAUCACUUUCCCUUGUUUGUCACAAUGCUUCGAAUUAAAGAUCCAUACAGAAUUCCCAGUGGACUGAAUUUAGAGAUUGUAAACUCUGAAUCUUCAAAAGAGAACACCAUGGCUACUUUAUACCUUUUCUGUGAAUCAAAGCCCAUGUCUUUUGGGUCUAUGUUUGACCAUUAUCGAAAAUUAGCAAGACGACUCAUUUCACAUUACCUUUCGCAAACAACUUUAAUCAGUUUAUUGGUUGGUUGUCCUAUUCCGCCCAUCCCAGCUGAGCAACUGUACAAUAUUCAAUAUGCAAUGCUUCCGCAUCCACGGAUCUCGGUAAAAAAGUUAUGGAAUCUAUUCUUCGAAAUUAAGUAG